AAAAAGUACGGACAACCAGUCUAGUGAGUCUAGUUACUCUAGUACUUGACUUCUUUUUAGCCGUUUCCAGCAGGCGGGAAAAUAAUAAUAAAAAACUGAAGAGAAACUACACGUUGCUGAAGUUUGAAAACCGCACACCCUCCCCCUCCCUCUCGCUUUCUCACUCUCUCUCUCUCUCUCUCACACACACCUUCACACACUGCAAAAAUGUCACUUCCAACUCCUGUUCUUGUACCUGUUACUGUUCCUUCCUCAAAUCCUUACCCAAAAAUUCCACAGCACACUUAAUUUCAUAUCACCCCUUUAAAUUUCAAAUUUCAAGUUGCAUUUCAAUUCACAAAACACUCAAUUUCAUCAUUUCCUUCGAAUCCCAUCAAAAAUGGCGGAUUACCCACUUCCACCAUCAGUCGAGAAUUUAAUCAACCUAAUUUGUCAAGAACAAUCGCAAUCUCCUCCUGAAUUGCAUGCGAGAAGAGAGCUUUCAAUUUUGGGCGAAGAGGAAUCGCUUAAAAUUCUGAAUCAAAUUCGCCGAAGCAAGAUUGCCAAAUCAUUUACUGGUUUUAUCAUAUAUUUGGCUAGGGUUUCAAAUACUUCUUCUGGAACUCCCACCAGUUUGGGCUCUCCUGAUCAACUCACUUCUAUUUCCCUUCCGAGCUCUCAUGGAAGUAAUUCAAUUGAUCAUUCGGGUACUUCUCAAGGAAGUACUGCUAAUACAAAAAGUGGAGAUAACUCAGAUAAUGCGUCUGUUUUCUCUUUUAUAUCCGAUAAGUUAACAUCGAUAAAAUUGAAUUUAUUCAACUCCUCUAAGCCACACAAACCAAGUCAUGAAUUUCUUUCCUUGGAGAAAUUGGGAUUUCGACGAGCUUUCCUUGUUUUAAGCUAUCUAGGAGGGAGGAAGCUUGAGGAUGUAGCUUCUGUUCGCGAUAUUAAAGGUCUAGUAGCUGAAAGUGAAAAACUUACUAUGGGAUCUUUUGAGAACCUGGUGUGGGGUCGAUAUGGUGAUCAGUAUUGUUUCAGAAAGGAUCGAAGAAAGUACCGUAAAUGGGAUUCAUCAUGCUACUUCUAUCACUGUCAUGUUCAUCUUGAUGGAAGUUAUUGUUUCAAGGGUCCCUUCUUAAACAAUAGAACAAGUUUGCUGCAGAAGGUUUUGAAAGAAGAGAAUGUACUGAUCGUAAAGUUUGUUGAUGAGGGAAAGGGAAAAACAAGUUCAAGUAAGGGUUCCCGUGCUUCAUUUGCUGCUAUAGAAAAGGUUGCCCAAGAUGGAAUCUAUUUAGGUCAUAAGUUGUACAGGUUCUUUGCUUACAAAGACGGAGGGAGAAGAGAGAAGGACGGAAUAACCGGCUCUGUCAAAUGUUAUUUUGUAAACAUGGACGCCUUUGCAGAAUCUUAUGAUAUCGACAAAUGUCCACGUCAACUAAGAUCCGCUUUCAUGCAUUUGGAUACUCUACCCAGCUUGUCCAAGUAUGCAGCCAGGCUUGAGCUCGUUCUCUCAAAAACAAUUUCUUUACCCAUUGAUUUGGAUUCUUUAGAUAUCAAUCUUGAAGUCAUGGCUGAUAUACCUUGUCAGCUUGCUGAUGGUUCUGUUGUCAGAGAUGGAAAUGGGAAAGUUCUCAUACACACUGAUGGAACUGGCUGCAUAUCAGAGGAUCUAGUUCGUAGGUUUCCUUGGAAGAGGUUCAAGGAAAAUGUGACAAGUGAUCAUAACUUUGAGAUAAAUGAUGUCCAUAGUUCCGAGCUCAAGGAGUUGUCUACACAAUCUGCUGAACUGCCGUUGUUAAUGCAGUUCCGGUUAUUCUACAUGGGUUAUGCUGUUAAGGGGACAGUCCUUGUUAAUAGAAAGCUUCCACCAAGAACAAUUCAAGUUCGACCAUCCAUGAUAAAAGUUAUUAAAGAUCAGGAACGUGCACAUUCUCUGACUGUGAACUCAUUCGAGGUUGUGGGAGUGAGUGGUCGACCUAAGCAAUCAUAUUUAUCAAGAUACUUAGUUUGUCUACUACACUAUGGAGGAGUUCCAACAGAGUUUUUCACAAAUAUACUAAAGAAUGCGAUGGAUGAUGGCCAAACUUCUUUGACUGACAAACGAGCAGCUCUUCGAGUUGCUCUUGCUGGUGGGGAUAUGGAUGACGAGUUUACAAUUGCAAGGAUGAUUCUAUCUGGAAUUCCUCUUCACGAACCAUACAUGCAGACACGUUUAAGUUUCCUUACUAAUCAUCAAAACAAGAGCUUGAAAGAAGGGAAACUUCCAAUUAGUGAAAGCUUCUACCUUAUGGGGACAGCUGAUCCAACGGGUAUCCUUGGAAGCGGAGAAGUCUGCAUUAUUCAUGAAAAUGGACAAAUUUCUGGCAAGGUCCUGGUAUAUCGUAAUCCAGGGAUUCAUUUUGGUGACGUUCAUGUUCUCACUGCGACACAUGUAGAAGGUUUGGAAGAGAUAGUGGGAAACUCAAAGUAUGGCAUAUUCUUUCCCACCCAAGGGUCAAGGUCAUUAGCUGAUGCAAUGGCCGGUGGUGAUCUUGAUGGAGAUAUGUAUUGGGUGUCACGGAAUCUUGAUCUUUUAAAAUAUUUCAAACCCAGUGACCCCUGGACGUGUUUGAACAAUGCAUCAAGUUCCCAUCAGAAGAAACCAUCGGAUUAUUCUAAUGAGGAGUUGGAGCAUGAGCUCUUUUCUCGCUUCCUCGGUGCAAGAUUUCAACCAAGUCUGGCUAUGGGGAUUGCUUCUAACAGCUGGUUGGCACACAUGGAUAAGUUGUUAACCCCAGGAGACAAAUAUGUUAAUGAGAAAAAAUGCUUGAAGGAGAAGAUGUUGAAAUUAGUGGACAUUUACUACGAUGCGCUGGAUGCACCAAAAACAGGCAUUAAGGUUACUGUUCCACGCGAGUUAGUUGCAGAGACGUACCCACAUUACAUGGGAAAGGCUGCCUCAUCUUACCAUUCAGAGUCUGUUUUGGGGAAGGUGUAUGAUAAAGCACUAGAAUGGGAAAUCGAGAUUCCUUCUGUUCCAGUUUGGAAGCUACCGCUUUUAGAUGUUGAAGUUCCUGAACAUAACUUGAAGACGUGGCAAUAUCUGUACACAAUCUACAUACCUGAAAUGACUUCCGCGCUCUGCAGUAAUGAUGUAGAAUUAAAGAGAGAGAAUGCAGAUAAAGUUAUGCAGAAAUAUAAACAGAUAUUGUAUGAAGCAGAUGACUUUGGAAAGAGCCCCAGAAAAUGGGAGGAAAUUCGCAUUGAUGCAUUAGCCAUAUACCAUGUGACAUAUGAUUAUGCAAUAAAAAAAGAAGAUGCCAAGAAAUGUGGCUUUGCCUGGAAGGUAGCAGGUGAAGCGUUGUUGAAGAUUAUCACUGAAGGUCAGGCAGAGAAACCCUUAGUUUGUUUACCUUCAGUGCUCCAAGAAGUUCUUACUAGGAAAGUUGCCCAAGAACAAAUGUAGAUAUGUUCAGGUAAUGUGUAUUUUGUAUGUAGGUUAUUUUUGCAACCACUUGCAAGGUAAGGCUAAUAUAUGGGGCUCAUGUAUAUAUAUAAGUAGUAUAGGAUGAACUAACUUCAUUCAGCAACUUUUGCAUCUCUGGAUUUUACGCGUAUGCUGCAUCGUUAAGUUCCACAUCUGAUCAAACAACGUAGUGGUUGAAGCAGAUCAGUUGAAGCCAAAGGGAGUGAGCCAGAUGAAAGAGACCUAGAAGGAUAUCUUCUCUUAUGAUUUUUUGUUACUUUCUUUAGUUAAGAAAUUAAACUCCAAGUUUUUGUAUGUAAUAUGUAGUCAAAAGAUCUCCUGAGGGUUUUGGAGCAUGGCAUUUGCAUUUGCCUACAGAAUUGUGAAUUACAUCGACAAGAAGGGCAGUGUAGUCCCAAAUUUUCAACAAUUACAGUUCUGUCAGGUGGUGCUUCUGAAGAGAGAAGACAAUCAUUUUGCAGUCUGUUAAGGUUCUGAUUGGCACUCAGUCUGCAAUCCAAAAACUUCGCUCCGAUCGCUUAAGCUCAAAACCUCUUCUCUAAUACCCUUCAAAGGUCUCCCUGUCAAAGAUAAGCAGAUAGUGAUUAACGGUUAGAGCCUGAUCAAAGUGCUCCCGUACAAUAGUUUCAUAUUCUCCCUCGUUAUUUUGAGGAGGGAGAUUUGAGUAUAGGGUUGCCUCGAGGGCACGAGCCGAGCGCUUUCCAAAAACUUCGCUCCGAUCUUGGGAUUGAAUAGAUUUUGGCUUUCCCAGAAGAAGCAGAUCUCUCCAACUCGGAUUCUGAACCUGGUCCAUCGCCUUCCCCACAAGGCUUGCAUCUGGCUGUGUUCUGAUGAAGGAUUUCUUGAAGGAGCUAGCUAAGAAGAUUAUCCGCUUUUGAGAAUAACAGCUGAAUCUUUGUUUCUGAGGGGAAGUCCUUUCAUGUUUUAAUGUCCGUUUUCAGCAUUUCCAGAAAAUGUUAACAAGUAUGUUGUACGAACAGGUGCUCCUUAAGUUUUACUUAUGUUAAUGAAAAAUCAGUUUCAUUCGUUCAGAUCA